GUGUUUAAGUUACUAAAUAAGGUAUUAUUAUAAACAUUUUGUCGCGUAUGUGUGAUAUGGACAAAGUAUAGAAAAUACAGUGAAGUUAUAAGUUUUUAAUCAAAAUGCCAAUUCCAUGUUCAAGAAAGUGUGGCAAAGAUGCUGUUCUCAAAAGACCAAAAACUGGACAUGCUCUAUGUAAAGAAUGUUUUUUCUUAGCUUUUGAAUCUGAAAUUCAUUACACUAUUACAGCGGGUAAAUUGUUCAAACCUGGAGAUAAAGUUGCUAUUGGAGCGUCAGGAGGAAAAGACUCAACGGUACUUGCAUAUGUAUUAAAAACCUUAAAUGAGAAAUAUAAAUAUGGCAUUGAAUUAUUUCUUUUGUCCAUCGAUGAAGGAAUUACUGGAUAUAGGGAUGAUAGUUUAAAAACAGUUGAACAAAAUAAAAAUGACUAUGGGUUACCAUUAAAAAUAUUAUCUUACAAAGAAUUAUAUGGGUGGAGUAUGGAUGAAAUUGUAGCAGAAAUAGGUAAAAAAAAUAAUUGUACUUUUUGUGGUGUUUUUCGAAGACAAGCAUUGGAUAGGGGAGCUGCUCUCUUAGGUGUGGACUGCAUUGCAACAGGUCAUAAUGCUGAUGAUAUAGCAGAAACAGUUCUCAUGAAUAUUCUACGAGGGGAUAUUGCAAGGCUACAGAGAUGUACUUCAAUCAUUACUGCAGGAGCAGAUUGUAUAAAACGAUGUAAGCCACUUAAGUAUGCCUAUGAGAAAGAGAUUGUAAUGUAUGCAUAUUUCAAACAUUUGGUAUAUUUCUCAACUGAAUGUGUAUUUGCACCAAAUGCAUAUAGAGGUCAUGCAAGAACCUUCCUCAAAGAUUUGGAAAGAAUUAGACCUUCAUCCAUAUUAGAUAUAAUACAUUCUGGGGAAACAUUACAAGUGAAAGAUACCGUUAAAAUGCCAGAACGAAGGAAUUGCACUCGUUGUGGAUUUGUUUCAAGUCAAGAGAUAUGUAAAGCUUGCAUCAUGUUAGAAGGUUUGAACAGGGGAUUACCAAAACUUGGUAUUGGGAAGAGCAAUAAAGUUAAGCGGAUGAUGGACUCAUUUAACUCGGUUGCAAGUAGUGCAAGUGAAAAGGAUGAAAAUGAAGAUACUAAAAAAGAUAAACUCAAAGCUUUAGAAUUUUGACAUUUUUAUAUAUAU